GCGGACACUGUUACAGCCAGUCAGAUCACACCAACCGGAAAAGAUGGCGUCGCCCUGCUGGUGGUCUUAUGGGCUUGUGCUUUUGUGUCUGGCUGUAGUAUGUUCUGUUGUGGCUGAUGUUAAAAACCAAAAACCCAAAAAGAAAAAAGAUAUCAGGGAUUAUAAUGAUGCAGAUAUGGCGAGACUGUUGGAGGAAUGGGAGAAAGAUGACGACAUUGAAGAAGGCGAUCUUCCUGAGCACAAGAGGUCACCCCCACCGGUAGACUUCUCAAAAAUCGACCCAUCGAAGCCAGAAGAGCUCCUUAAAAUGACAAAGAAAGGGAGGACGCUCAUGGUGUUCGCUACUGUGUCUGGAUCCCCCACGGAGAAGGAGACAGAGGAGAUCACCAGUCUUUGGCAAGGGAGCCUCUUCAAUGCCAACUAUGAUGUGCAGAGGUUUGUUGUCGGCUCUAACCGCGUUAUCUUCAUGCUGCGCGACGGGAGCUAUGCCUGGGAGGUCAAAGACUUCCUCAUGAGUCAGGACCGCUGCGCAGACGUGACUGUUGAGGGCCAGGUGUAUCCUGGUAAAGCAGCAAAGAAGGAUGGGGGCCACAAAGAUGAUAAAGACCUGAAUGAAAUUAAUACAGAGAAGAAGAAAAAGAAGAAACGUGAAGACAAGAAACCAGGGAAGGAAAAUAACAAGUCUUCUAAAAAGAAAGAUGAGUUGUGACCUUGUUCAUCCCUUGGAUUGCAUGGUCAUGAGAUGUCUUUCUUGUAGGCGACACAGUCAACAUUUACAGACCAGACAGAACACCCUAACACAGGCAGCUUCCUCAUUGUAAGUGUGAGACAUGCCUACUGGCAAUUGAAGAACACACAAACAAGAACUUAAAAAUAUAAAGCACUUGGAUUAGUUUUCUUUUCCGAACAUUCAUCCAGUUACCAGUAAACUAGGAGAGCUACUUGAUGUGCGAUGAACCCAUGGUACAGCUCAUGGUAAAAGUCUACAGUUGUUCCUGUAAACUUUGCAAUGCAAACCUUUGUUGAAAUCACAUUUGUUAGUGCUGGAAAGUCAAGUUUUUUUCCUUUUAGUUUAUAUCUCCAUUUUGGAAUUUUGUCAUUAAAAAAGGUUGACUUCUUUUUUUUCUAAACGAGGAUGCAUCUUGUACUGUUACUUUUGAGAUUAACUGUUUUAUGGCAGGUUUCUCCUAAAACUGUGCCUGGUGGCCACUUUAAGACAGCCAGAUAAUUUUUGGAGAUUAAGUUCUGUUGGGAAUGUUCUGUUUACUGAGAUCAGCACGUGGUUCUGGAGGUAAACAUAUUUUCUGAGAAGACCUGAUUACAGUAUUUCUGUCUUUUAAACUUCAUGUGAUUUCUUUGUAAUUUGAAUGGUUGAAGUGCCACUUAAGUAUUUUGAAAAAAGAAUCACUAGGUCAUGUAGUGUUGCUCUAAAUUAAACACCAAUCCUUUUUAUAAACUAAACAAUAGUAAUGUUACUGCAGUUAUAACCAUAAAAAUGUUUCCUACAUUUGUAAGAUGCUCAUCAGUGUCAAAAAGUAAGCAAGGAAAAUUGCACACAAACAUUUAUAUUGUAAGGUUGAUGUUUCUGUUAAUUAACACGUUCUAUUAAAUUGUUCAUACAUUCUAUACA